GGCUGUUGAAUAUUGUUCAUCGUAUUAUCGCGAUGCACUCAAUAGGGGUCUAUGGCAAUACUGCUAUUGAUAAAUUAGUGUGAUAUUUCCGGAGGUUGCUCGUUCAAUGGGAAAACCUUGCCACCAUCAUUACCAUUGAGUAUGGUAGACAGUUGAAAGUGCAAUAGAUAGAAAGUUAUUCCCGUAAAAAUCUACGCACUGCGGAGGCUAACGUUUGGACGCCCUGAUAGUUAAAGGUCGUAAGAGAGGUCUUCAACUUCGAAAAACAUAAUUCCAACACAAUCUAUGUUUAUACAUGUAUUGAAUGGUUGCAGAUAGAAGAAGCUUUUUGCCCUUGUUGGUAUGGUUCUGUUUUACAUACGAGAACGAAGUUCGUUUUGAGAGUUGUCCCUAGAGUUGCACGAGGACGUCUUGCGGAACUUUUCUGAUCAGCCGAUGUGACUGAUUGUGCCUAUGAAUGUAUUCGGACAGUAUAGUCGAUAUCGACUUACAGGACAUCCUGCGACGCCUCCUUAGGGUCCGCAAGACCAAAUCGUUAUAUGUCGACCUCAAACACGAGGAGGUUUGUUACAUUAUCAAAAAAUCGCAAGAUGUAUUUCAGUCGCAACCAAUGCUCAUAGAACUUAGUCCGCCUCUUCAUAUUUGCGGUGAUAUACAUGGGCAGUUCCAUGAUUUGCUACGAAUUCUUAGUCAAGGAAAACAUCCUCCUACUGCAAACUACUUAUUCUUGGGUGAUUAUGUCGAUCGAGGUCGAAACUCAAUAGAAGUAUUAUGCUUGCUACUGAUCUACAAGAUCAAAUACCCGGGCAACGUGUUCAUGUUGCGUGGUAAUCAUGAGUGUAUACGCAUAAACUCAAUGUAUGGAUUUUUAACAGAAUGUCGUCAUCGGUACAAUCUUGAAGUCUACCAAAAGUUCAAUGAUCUCUUUGCCUGGCUACCCCUUGCAGCAUUGGUCGCUGACAAAAUUUUCUGCUGUCACGGAGGUCCAUCACCUGACAUAAAAACAUUCGAUUGCGUUCGGUCACUUCCAAGGCCGAUGCAUGACGUUCCUGACUCGGGCAUCGCGUCGGACCUACUGUGGGCCGACCCAUUUCCAGGAUCAGGUUGGGUCCAAAGCGAUCGGGGAGUGUCAUACCUUUUCGGAGCGGACGCUCUAAAUAAAUUUUUGGCUCAACUCGGACUCGACCUCGUCGCACGCGCCCAUCAGGUGGUUGCUGAAGGGUAUGAGUUUUUCGCAGACCGAUCACUUGUGACGAUAUUUUCGGCACCAAAUUACUGCAACGAAUUCGAUAAUGCAGCGGCCAUCAUGACAGUGGCACCCGACCUGACCUGUUCCUUCCGGAUACUUCGGCCUAUAGCUCGCAGUAAAAGUAGUUAUUAGGCAUUGUUUAAAGCUACUUGUCUUCUGUGUACGUCCUUACACUAGGAAGGCACCUAGAAAGCAUAGCAUAACGAACCAUUAACAAAUACGACCUCUCAAAGAAGAUUUAUUCGAAAAUUUCAGCGAGAUAUGUCGUAAAGGUCAUUUCUAAUGAAAGGGUCAAUAUUUGAGUAGUGUCUGGAGUGCUUAAAACAAUCUUGUACCAUUUCCUAUUUUUCCACUGGAUGCCUACUAUUUGGGUGGCAAAACUUUCUAUCGUACGUAGAUAUCGAACGUUGAAUAAAUCUUGUUUGUACAAAGCAAUUGACUCGUGCCUAGGCGCUUGGCUGCUCUCAGGCGGGUACCGAAACUUUCAUGUCAACGAACUCGAGUGCGAUUAGCGACAGUUGUACAGGAUACCGGUCAGACAAUGGGCACCGUAAGCAGCCAAAGCCGAAAUGUGUUUUAUUCUGUGCAUAUCAGCAGAAGUAAACGAUUCUUCUGUCAGUCUUUCUUCUAAAAGUCAUUUGCAGAUCAAGAAAUUUUCUACAAAGUUAUUAUGCAUACAUAAUCCAAGGACGAUUAUGUAAAUGUGCUUCCUCUGGGAACGGUGGUGCACCGAGUCGUGAGUCCGCAAUAGCUAGUGUCCACAUAUUAUAAACAAAAAAAAUUUUUCAGACUAGACAGUUUAUAGUGCUGCUAUCAGGCAGGUCUUUUAAA